CUGUGGCAUUCUUCGACAAUUAUUUAAAGUUGUCAAAUUCAAAUUCAAAGGGAUGCGAAGUUUAAAACAUUUUUGCACUAGUAAAUGACUUAAAUAUUGUAAGUGCAGUGGUGAUGACAAGUAUUAUGAAUUUAGUAAAUCAACGUAUAAACAGCUAAAAGAUUAAAUGAGAAAAUGGAUGAACUUAACCUCAAAGUUUGCCAAGAAAUGCGCAGUUUUAUUACAGAGAAACAUAUUCAAAUCUAAUAUGACUGUAUAUAAACUGUAAUAAACUAUAGCACCGAAAACUUCUACAAGUAAAAAAGAUGGCCAAAAUCCUGCUCGGAUUUGGUGCCCUAGUGGUAGUCUACAUAGCGUGGUCAGCUCUCUCUAGUGAAUCUCCUAAACGUCUAGAAAUAGAUCAAAAUGAAUGGUGGGGACCAAACGAACUCAGAGGCAAAGAGGACACCAGUAUAAAACCUUUUAAAGUACAGUUUACUGAUGAGAUGAUUAAAGACCUUAGAAACCGGUUGAAGAAUCAUCGACCGUUCACUCCACCUCUAGAGGGUAUAGCCUUCCAAUAUGGAUUUAAUACCAAAGCAAUAGAACCCUGGAUUAAAUACUGGGCUGAGGAAUAUCCAUUCAAAGAACGGGAGGCAUUCUUCAAUAAGUUCCCGCACUACAAGACUAAUAUCCAGGGUUUGGAUAUACACUUCAUUAGAGCUAAACCACAGGUCCCUUCAAAUGUGGAAAUAAUACCUUUACUAAUAAUGCACGGCUGGCCGGGCUCCGUGCGGGAGUUCUACGAGGCUAUACCCAUACUGACACAACAACAGCCAGGCUAUAACUUCGCAUUUGAAGUGAUUGCCCCUAGCUUGCCUGGAUUCGGUUUCUCAGACGCACCGGUCCGACCUGGGUUAUCAACGACACAGAUGGCGGUGAUUUUCAAGAAAUUAAUGAAGAGACUUGGCUUCGAGAAGUUCUACAUCCAAGGCGGAGACUGGGGCUCCUCCACCGGCGCAGCCAUGUCCACUUUAUACCCUGAAGAUGUACUAGGGUUCCAUACAAAUAUGGCCAUUGCACAAGGUAAACAGGGUGGUUUCAAAACAAUGAUCGGCGCUUUCUUCCCAUCUUUAGUGGUGGAGAGUCACCUCGCAGACAGAAUGUAUCCUUUAUCGGAUUUCUUUGCUUUUAUAAUGGAAGAAUUUGGAUAUUUCCAUCUUCAGGCAACCAAACCUGAUACAGUAGGUGUUGCAUUAACAGAUUCACCUUCCGGUCUUCUCGCGUAUAUUCUGGAGAAGUUUUCCACCAACACCAACCGCGACCACCGCAAGCUGCCCGACGGAGGUCUGGAGAGACGCUUCACGAAGACGCAGCUCAUUGACAACCUGAUGGUCUACUGGGCCACCAACAGGAUCACCACCUCCAUACGGCUGUACGCCGAGGACACCAGCAACAAGAACAGACAACUGGAAAUAGACGAUUACCCAACUCUGGUACCGACAUGGGCUUUCCAAGCGAAAUACGAAGGUGUCUACCAACCUCCAAGUAUUUUGAAGACAAAAUACGAAAAUCUUCUGGGAACCACAGUUUUAGAAGACGGAGGACAUUUCCUGGCGUUCGAAUUACCAGAAAUCUUCGCCAAAGAUGUGAUCAAAGCUGUCAAUGAGUUUAAAAAUUGGCACAAAAGUCAACCGAAGACGGAAUUGUAAAUAAUACAAUAAAGUUAUUUUUUACUAA